AUGCCUGGGUUUCUGAACCUCCCACCAGAACUCAUCUUCCAGGUAUACUGCAGUCUCGACACUAUCGGCGAUGCAUAUUUCCUCUCCCAGACCUGCCAGCAGACAUACUCUAUAUUCAGGCGACCACAGAGCCAGCCAAAAAUCUUUGAAGCAAUCAUAGACAAUAUCAUUCAAGAAGCUGCCCCCACCAAAGCCUGGCUGGAGGCACAGUUCGGACCCGGAUCACUUUGGCAACCAACGGAGGCUGAACUACCAGCGGAUCUAACAGAAGAAGAGACUAUAAAAUUUCUCCUAAAUGUGGGGUUCCCUGCGGUUAAUCUCACCCGCAUGGGCUUCAACUCUUCUGAUCUGAGCAUAUCUGCCUAUAAGGGGCAGGCACUUGAUGGACGAAGACGAAGGCAACCCACCCGCACUUAG